CAUGUCUGAGGAAGGUUUUGUUCAACUGGACGAUAAGAAAACUGCUGAGGAGAUAAAUGCGGAGUUCCAGAAAGUGCAGACUGAUUAUUACAACAGUCUUAUUGUGGAGAUGAAGGAAGAUUGUGAGACCUACAGAAAAGCGACCGAAUGCCACGAGUACGCUAAGCUGAUGAUAGAGCGGCUCCACAAGUUUAAAGAAGGGUUCGAGCAGUUCAAGAAGAACUGUUACGAGUACGAGGCGGGAGCAAGUUGUCAUAGUGCGGGUCACAUGUUGCUACAGGGGAUAGACCUGCCUGACGGGACUACUCCUGUAGAAAAAGACGUGCCUGCAGCCGCGGACAUGUUUGCACGUGCGUGUUCCACCACUAACCCGCGCAGCUGCGUUGCUAUCGCUAGAUUACUACAGUUCGGGAAAUUCGUCGAGAGGGACUACAAAAAGGCGUUCGAGUACCUUACUAUUGGCUGCAACAAACACAAUACGGAGAGUUGUUUUUCUAAAGCUAACUGUUAUCUACAAGGUAUGGGAGUAGAGCAGGACUACAGUAAAGCAGUGCCGCUGUUAGAGACCGGAUGCUCCCGAGGACACCACCGUUCAUGUCACAACCUGGGAGUCUUGUAUUACCAGGGCAAGGGAGUGGACAAGGAUCUCAACAAGUUUAAACUUUAUAACGAGAAAGCUCAGAUAUUUAGAUUCCAGAAAGAUCCGUUUAAGGGGAGUACCGAACAGAAUCUUGGCAGCGGCCCACUCGCUCAUUAACUAAUAGAUGUUUAAUUAUUUGUUAAUUAAAAGUCCGAGUUGGAUUAGUGUUUAGUAUCGUGUUUGAACUUGCCCUGGACUAGGAUUAGCGCUGUGGCGCUUUGUGGUGAUGAUCCCCCACCUUGCACUAAGAAUCUGGUAGUAUCUGGGCUUGGCAGAGAACUUAUUACCCGAGAAUGAAACGUGUACGUGACCAUCGGACUGAGUACGUGACCAUCAGACUGAGUACGUGACCCCGCUGAGUGCCUUGUAGUUGCCUGGCCCUCCAGAGAUUAAAAUUAAGUAUUGAAAUAAGUGAAUUCCUAUCAUUAUGUUUAGGGUAAUUUAUUAUGUAGAAAUUUGAAUUUUAUACGUUUUGAUAUUUAUUGAUUUUUGAGUUGAACUCGUCAGUCUAAGAUUUUACUA